AUGGGUGAAUUGAAAACCACAUUUCAGAUCUCCUCUGCGCCGCCGGUUGUAGACAACAUCUGUCUUCGCAAUGUGCAGCUUCCCUUGCCUUCGGCUCCAGAAGCAUGGCACCGUCUAGGCCAGCGGCAACCAUGCUCCAUGUCGCUCAAGCUCUCAUGUUGCUCCAUAGUCGCAUCUGCUGCAGAGGAUGAUGUAUCCUUGUCUCUGGACUAUGGGCAGCUCUAUCGACGUAUCGAGGAACACGUUCGCCACUGGCCGAAUGUGUACGACGGAGCGGCCAAGAGGCUUCCAGCAGUCGGACUUCAUGGGGAGCCCAUCAGUGGAUCUCCAAUUGUCGACCAUGGACAAGAUGUCACUCUUUUGGCGGGAAGAAUCGCUGGCCUCGCUCUAGGCUACCUAUCUGAGACUGCUCUUGAGAUAAACACCAAAAGGGCAGGUACAAUCCAGGAAGACUUUGGGGUUUGUGAAAUCUUUUUGCAUCUUCCGAAAGCCAUACUACGUGCCGAACAAGGCCUGUCGUAUCGUUGUCUCAGCACGCUGGGACACAGUUCAGACGGAGUUGCUGCCGCAGUUGUGACGGAAGGCGAGUUUCGGAUUCAGAACAUCCGUUGCCACUGUAUUCUCGGCAUCAAUGUUCAUGAGAGGCUUGAGAAGCAGACGGUUAUAGUAUCGUUGGCCUUUAAGGGGCCUGGCCACCAUCAGUGGAUGACAGGAUUCAUGGAGAUGUAUCAGGAGAUGACUAGGAUUGUUGCUGAGGAGGUAGAUAAGACCACCUUCCAGUCGGUCGAGGCUCUGGUGACUCUCAUCGCUCGCAUUGCGACGGUGGAUUUUGGCAACGAACUGGUCACUGUGCGAGCAGAGAAGCCCAAUGCAUUGGCAUUCUCCGAGGGAACUGGGGUGGAGGUGACUCGCUCCCGGAGCUUUUUCGUUUGA